CCCGCGAGGUCAACCAAUAUUGUGUGAUGGUCAUGGGAACACACAGGGCCAAUCAGGUCGAAAGUAUAAAAAAUAUAAAAUUGCUAUUGAGAAGGGGUUACUGUUCGUUCUUUAUUUUUUCAUUCCAUGCCAGAUGAAACAACCCCAAUCUUGCAUCACGUCCGUAGGCGUACCACGGGUAACACUGAUUACGACUCUCUGAAUGACUCGGGCCGACCUUCCCGUCAAGAUUCUCGGGUGUUACAAUCAAGACGAUCUUCAUUCCACUUCAUGAAGAGACGGACAGGAGCUUAUGACGAAGACUCUCAAGGCCUUAUCAACGAGAACACUGGUAUUAGAGUGUGGUAUGAAAAUUACUCCAGUAUAGAUUGGAUCCACGAUCACAUUAAGGAAAAGUUGCGGCUGCGAAAGCUGAGAUCACUGCGUGGCGUUAGGGGCUAUAUGAAAAAUAUGUUUGACGGUGCACAAGCUUGGAUUCUAGUGACCAUCAUUGGACUGGUUGUAGCCGUCAUGGCCUGGCUCAUCGACAUCAUUCAAGAACUUUUGACGGAUUGGAAAGAUGGUUUUUGUGUUGAAACCUGGCGCUAUAAUCACAAAUUUUGCUGCUGGGGUAAAGAAGAGUAUGAAGCAUGUCCAGCUUGGCAAUCUUGGGCUGAUAUAUUGGAUGCGCAAUCACAUGAACGUCGAUACUAUGCAGCUAUGGGCAUGUAUCUAUUGUUUGGGCUUGUUUUUUGUGGUGCAGCUGCUCUCUUGGUCAAAUACUCCGCUGAACGUGUGACUUCCCGUGUGCCUGCAGUUGCACCUACACACCGCUCAUUCUCUCGUACUUCCUCGACGCUUUUACCACCACAUGAAAACUUCGAUCAUGAAAACACUGCCGCCAAGUCGCAAGCAUCACCCUUGAUCAUUACCAAAACAAAAAUGGCCUAUUAUUGUGCCGGAUCUGGUAUUCCUGAAGUCAAGGUCAUUCUAGGUGGUUUCGUCAUCAAAGGAUUUUUGGGUAUAAAGACCUUAUUUGUCAAGAGCGUUGGUCUGAUUUUGUCAACGUCGUCUGGUCUCAACUGUGGUAAAGAAGGGCCAUUCGUCCAUAUCGGAUGCUGUGUAGGAAAUAUUGCGUGCAGAUUGUUCAACAAGUUCAACAAAAAUGAGGGCAAACGUAGAGAGAUACUAUCAGCAUCCGCUGCUGCGGGUGUAUCAGUAGCAUUUGGCGCUCCCAUUGGUGGCGUAUUGUUCAGUCUGGAAGAAGUGAGCUACUACUUUCCCAUCAAAACUAUGAUCCGUAGCUAUUUCUGUGCUCUAGUGGCUGCUAUGUUUUUGAAGAUUCUAAACCCAUUCGGCACUGGAAAGAUUGUAAUGUUCCAAGUUCGAUAUGACAAGGAAUAUCAUAUCUUUGAGUUGUUCGGAUUUGUUCUAUGUGGUAUUUUUGGUGGUUUGAUGGGCGCUUUGUUUUCAUACUGCAACAUUCGCUAUCAACGACUCCGCAAGACUACGAUUAUAGGAAAAUACCCAGUCUUAGAAGCUCUUGGCAUCAUGGCUAUGACCGUUCUCGUCAGCUUUUGGAGCCCUUACGCUCGCAUGUCUUUGACCGAAUUCGUCACUAAUCUGUUUUCCGAGUGUCUGCCCAAAGAUGAUAACGAAGGACUGUGUGCAAAAACGGCAAGCGAAAUUCCACCCUUAGUGUUCCUCCUUUUGUCAACGCUGGUCAUCAAGUUGUUCCUGAGCAUAAUUACGUUCGGUAUUCGCGUUCCAGGAGGUGUCUUUUUACCGUCUUUGGCUAUUGGAGCCAUCUUUGGCCGUGCCAUCGGUUUGGUGAUGCAAUAUUUGACACUGGAGUACCACGACAAUUGGAUCUUUGCAGCUUGCCCAGCGGAUUUUGAAACUCAUGGGCGUUGUGUUAUACCCGGCGUUUAUGCUAUGGUUGGAGCCGCCGCUAGUCUGGCAGGCGUUACUAGGACCACUGUCUCCUUGGUGGUCAUUAUGUUCGAGUUGACCCAUUCUCUAACCUACGCUGUGCCAAUUAUGGCAGCAGUGAUGAUUGCCAAGUGGGUGGCAGAUGCUUUCUUCCCCAGCGGUAUAUACGACCUUGUCAUUGAUCUGCAAGAAUACCCAUACUUAGAAUCAAAGCGAGAAUAUAUUCACAAAAGCGGCGUGUCAGAAUUGACUGAAUACCUGGAAACCAUUGAUAUCGAGAAACCAUCUACAGUGAAUGACUUGCGCAAGGCAACAGAAAGACUCGAAGCCCUUGGCUAUGCAGAAGACGGCGGCUUUCCUAUUGUUACAGAGGAGUGUACUCUGGUUGGAUAUAUUGCAUGCAGUGAACUUCUUCACGCUAUUGAUGUCGUCACCAAGCGUACACCGGACGGUGGCGAAGGCAAUAUUAAAUGCAAUUUCAAGAGGACGACUGCCGACGAGUUUUCAUCUACUCCAAUGACAUUGAGCACCAGUGGAAGUGCCAUUUUCACUGAAAAUGGAACCGAGCUGCAGAAACUUGGUGACUUUUCACAAUAUGUCGAUCAGGCGCCACUAACCGUUAAUCAACAUGCUUCGGUCGAACUUGUCAUGGAGUUGUUCAUCAAGCUUGGUGUUCGCUAUGUUUGCGUAACCAAUCCAUCUGGAAAAUAUCUAGGAAUUAUACACAAGAGAAGGCUACUUGCUUACCUGAAAGAACUUGAGGAAGAAGAGAGUGAUGAAGAUGAUUAAAUAGAUAGACUCAAUUCGAAGAGAAUUUGUACAGAACCCAUCAUUAUUUUUCCAUUGUAUAAUUUUCACAACAAGAGAGAAAAGCAAUAAAAUAAAAGCAUAAAAAUAAUGAGAGUAA